GAAAACUGAAAGAAUUAAUUAAUUUGUAAAUAAAUAUGUGGACAUUUACAUACAAAUCAUGGAAAAAUUACAACUUACUCUAGCUAUAAUCAAACCGCAUGCUGUGAAAAAUCCAGUCGCGGUUUCAUAUAUAAGAAAUGUUAUAAGAAAUAGGUUUGUGGUUGUGAGGACGAGAAGAGUUAUUCUUGAUGCCAACAAAGCGGGUGAUUUUUACCAGGAACAUGAAGGAAAAUUCUUUUUUAAUCGUUUAGUAACUUUCAUGGCCAGUGGAAAUAUAGACUUGCAUGUCAUAGCUCACAAAAACGCCAUAGAGUUAUGGAGGAAAAUGCUAGGUCCCACCAAAGUAUAUAAAGCACAAUUUCAAGAACCCUACAGUUUGCGAGGCAUGUUUGGGAUAUCUGACACAAGAAAUGUAGCUCAUGGAUCAGAUUCAACAAUAUCGGCAGAACGGGAGAUCAAAUUCUUCUUUCCAGACUUUUCAUUUUACGAAUGGCACAACAAUGAUGAAUUAAGAUACAGAAAGGGACAAAUUAUUUUUAACAAACAUCUCUUUCAACAUGUUAGAAAAUUGUAGUUUAUUUUA